CGAGGGGGGCGUCGUCAGCGCUCAUGGCCGCACGCUGAAUAGCGAGCAUGAACUGAACUGUGAGUAAGUGCUCAAUAAUAUUCCAGUUUUGGGUCGGUUUCCCGGCGGUGUCAGUGGCUGCAGUCGCUCAGUAUGGGUCCGGAGGAAGACGGCGCGCUGCUCUUCCUCAUCUACCAGCACCUGAAGGUGAACGGCUACAAGAAAGCUGCAAAGGUGCUCGAAAAACACGUCGCUCAGGUGGAGACCCCAGAGGAGAGCUCCAACCUGCGUGAUAUCUACACAGGCUGGAUGAAGCUGUGCUCUCUAGCUCAGGACGCCAAACAGGAGACCGAAGAAUCCACUGCUUUAAAGAAGCAGAGCAUCAAACCAGAACCAACCACCAGCGAAGAAGAAGAGGGUGCAGACGGCAAACCCUCCGACACCACAGAAGAAAAUAAUGUGGAUGCCAAACCUCCACUUGAGUCUACGACCGACGCUGAGCAGCUGCUGCAGCCGGUCGGUGAAACCAAAACAACAAACUCAGUAGGCGAGAGCUUCGACGCCUCCGACAGCGAAGAGGAAGAAGAAAAGAAAGAGGAGGAGGAGGAGGAAACAAAAGCCGAGCAAGAGCCGGCUCCCACCGAAGUGUCCGCUGAGGCGCCUAACAAGGCAGAAAGCUCCAGCUCCUCCAGCUCCUCGGACUCGGAGGAAGUGCCUGAACCCACCCCGGGCAACCCCAGCCAGGUGGACCCUGGACGAGCCGCCUGUGAUCCUGCCGAGGAGCAGCUCCCGGCGCCCGAUGCAGCCGGCUCGGACAGCGGGAGCAGCGAGGAGCACAAAGAGGACGACGAUGAGCUGAAACAGGAGAUGGACGCAGCCACGGGCGCCUCUGAGGUCGCCGGGGAAACGUCUGCAUCUGAACAGACAGCUGUCAGUCAAACGGGGGCCACGCCUUCCUCCGCUCAAGAGGAAGGAGACGAGGAAGGCAGCGCUGCCGAGAAGCUCAGCCAGGCCGAACCCACCGCGUCCGACCUGAUGGCUCAGGAGACCAAUGAGCAGCCGGCAGAGAGCGAAGCCCCGCCCCCAGCAGACUCUGAAAUUCCAAAGGAGGAAGAGGAGGAGGAGAAAAUAGAGAUGACAGAGGGCAGCGACCCCACAUCUCCGCUGAAGCUUGAGGACCCGACAGAAAGCUCAGAGGACCAAGGCGGCACUACUGACCCCCCCGUCACUGACAGCGGUGACACAGGAGAGGCGACUGAGGCGGCUGCAGAGGAGCGAGUCGACCCAGAGGUCUCCAUCAUCCUCAACAUCGAAGUCGAAGAAGACGGUGAAGCCGCCGAGCAAGAAACCAGCCAACCGCUCCCCGGGGAGGCUGCGGAGUCCUGCGAGGAGGCCCAAACUCCCAAGAAGAAGAAAAAGAAGAGCAAAAAGGACGCGGAGACGCCAACUGCUGACACGCCGAGCACAGACGCUUCCACCAUAGAAACACCCACUGAUACUCCUCUUUCCACCAAGGCUGCAAGGAAGAAAAAGAGAGACAAAAAGAGACCAGAGGAGGAAGAGGAGGAUCAGAAGAAAGAGGAGGAAGAGGAGCAGCAGCAGGAGGACAUUCCUCUGCCCACUUCAUCGGAGAAGAAGAAGAAGGCAAAGAAAAGGAAAAGGGAGAAGGAGGAAGUGGAAGUGGUAGAGGAGGAGAAAGAUGAGGAAACUCCCGUCACUCCUUUGGGAAAUAAAAUCAAAAAGAAAAAGACGAAGGUUAAAGGUGUGGAAGAGGAGCAGAGCGAGGCGGCGGGAGCGGAGGAGGAGAAUCUUGUGAGUCCGGCAGAAACAACGGAGGAGAAAAAAAAGAAGAAAAAGAGGAAAAAGGAGGGUGGACAAGAGAAAGAGGAGGCGCAGUCUGAUGAUCAACCAGCAGGGGGCGAUGAAGACACAGAAACGAAGCAGGAGGCCACAGAUGGAAACUCCUCUCAGCUCUCGUCGGCCAAGAAGAAACGCCUCAGGAAGAAGCUCAGCAUGAAGAAGAGACUGAGACUGCAGAGGCAAGAGGAGAGGAAGAAGAAGAAGAAGAGGAAGAGCAGCAGUGUCACUUCAGGACAGAUGGAGACGGCAGCAGAAAGCAAGAAGCUCACAGGCAGAAAGAAACAAAAACAGACCCAAGAGGCAGCCGAGGAGACGCCUCAACCAAAAGCAACCAAAAGACCCCAACCAGCCCAGGAGGACGACACACCGAAGAAGAAGAAGAAAAAGAUGAAAACGAACGCGGAACAAGAAGAGAAUUCCUCAAAGGAAAACCAGCCACCAAAGAAGAAGAAAAAGAAGCCGAUAACGGUGAACGAGGAGGCUGACGGCGAGCAGAGUGCUGAGUUACCUGAGGUCGAGUCUUCUCCGCUUUCAAAGGAAGGGAAGAAGAAGAAAAAGAAGAAGGCUGGAAAGGAAGAGGAGAUCACUGUGAGCCCCGAUGUACCUGCGAAGAAAAAGAAGAAGAACAGACUAAAGGAGAAAGUGGAGGAGACGGAAGCUGCUGCAGAGGAACAAACUCCUCUGGCUACUCCUACGAAAAAGAAAUCCAAGAAGAGAAUCCCCUCUGAUUAAACCUGAUGUCAGAGCUGAACGUCGACUGUCUGCGUAGCGUCUGUGCCUUUUUACUCCUGAGCAACGAUACGUCCUCUCAGAAACAGGGAGAUAGUUCUGAGGGAACGUCAGCGUCUUUUUGGUUAUGUUUCACUGUCUUUUGCUCUAAAACUGUGAACGACGACUCAACUUAAACACACCUGCAGUUUGUUUGCAACUUAAGAUCCUCUCAUCAGGUUGGAGUUUUAUUUUUAAAGGUGGAGCGGCUCUGGGGGGGAAAUAGAGAAUUGUGAGAUUAUUAUGUAGUUGGGUUAGCACAGGACUUCAUAAUAAGAGCUUCCUACUGUCGGUCAGUACUGAUAUUUGGUGGAUUAAAAAAUUGACUGUUAUACUUUUAGUUUUUUAACCGAAACAACAAUCUUAAUCCCUUCUGAUUUUUCUUCUCGACCAAGAAGCGAACAGGACAUUUUAAUGUAAAAAUAAUCUCUCUGUGCUCUGUGGUGGUCAAACUAUGCAAUAGAGACACUGUACGUCUGUAUUGUAGUUCUUGGUACUUUAUAUUUUGAUUUAUUGGUGUAGUUCUACCUCUUACUCUUAAACUGGAAGCUCCACCCACUGAAGUUUACUCUAGUUUAUUGGUUGAAUCUUUCCACACACCAUUUCUCCCCCCUAUUAUUUAACAAUGGAAGUCAAACUUUUGUCUAAAUUGUUGAUCUAAAUCAAGAAAAUGACUAUUUCCCAGAGCCAAGUAAAAGCAGCAAAUCCCUCACGUUGGAGAAGCUGGAACCAGGGAACGUUUUGGAGGUUGCACUCGAUUAAUUAUACAAAACAAUUCAUUACUUUUAACUAAUUAGAAGUCCGACCAGAUAUCUGAUGUCAAUUUUCAAGACCUUUUUCGAGAGUUUUUGAUACUUGGAGCUACAAACGCAUUAUGUGUGUAUCAAAUGAACAAGUAUCGACGAUCAAUAUGCAGCGAUAGUUAUUUCUGCAUCCCAUCAAAAGUGCUAGAAAUGUUCAUUUAUUCUAAUUCAACCACAGUGAAUGUCCUCUAUUACAGUUAGUUAUCAAUAACCUCCGCUGGUACACAGCUGAUAACCUCCACACUUAACUGAAAGGUAGAAAUGAGCUGAAACGGGACGAAGCUGUGAAUCUGAAACAUUUCAAAACCGGUUUCUGUCAGUAACGUGUUCAUGAACUUUCAUCGUUAAACAUUUUUCUGUGUUUGUUUGAGGUAAAAAAAAAUAAUAAAAUGUUACUCAGUUUUGUUUUGAGGAAGAAACUCUCUUUACAUGCUUUUUUUGUUUUCUUUCAGUUCUGAAGCUGUGAAAUUGUUUUUGUUUACAGAGUUCUGUUGUUUACACACUCUUUCUUUACAAUCCAAUGAGCUAUUAACUAUGCAUCUGAUAUUUGUGUUUGCUGUUCCUGAGGACCAACACGUGUGAGAGGAAAUAAAACUCUGUAACAGCUUUCA